AAGAGGAGUGAGGAGAUCAGCUGAGGACAUGAGGGGAACACACACCGAGGAAGACUCCGAGCAGCAAACAGACCUGAUGGAAGUGCCAGAGGAAACCAAAGAACCAAGCAAAGAGGAGAGCGAUGAAUCCAGUGGAGAUGAAACCUAUGAAGAGGACAGCGAUGAAGAACAGGUGCUCCAGAAAAGAGCCGGAGCCAGAAAGAUGUGGAGCUGCCUUCAGUGUGGGAAGAGUCUGGCCAGUUCAGGAAGCCUUAAAGAUCACAUGAGGAUCCACACCGGAGAGACGCCGUUCUCAUGCAGCUACUGCGGGAAAUCCUUCAAAACCAAAGCACCGCUGACCGAACACCUGAGGAUCCACACGGGGGAGAAGCCCUACAGAUGCAGCCAGUGUGAGAAGAGCUUCACACACAGAACCAGCCUCAGAGAGCACACGAGGAUACACGCCGGAAUAAAGGCCUACACCUGCCAGGAGUGUGGGAAGAGCUUCACCCUCAGACAGUACCACACCACACACUUGAGAACACACUGCAAACACAAGCCGUUCCUCUGCUCGGUGUGCGGGAAAGGGUUCCGCGCGCCGGUUCAGCUGAAAGCCCACGAGGCCGUGCACAGCGCAGUGAAGCCGUAUUACUGCAGUCCCUGCGGGAGGAGCUUCAGACAGCUCUCCUGUCUCCAGAGACAUCUCAAGUCCUUCAUCCACAAUAAAUACAGGCCUCUGGAGAAGCUGAUCCAGCAGAGCCACUCCACAGGGUCAGCGUUUCCCCCAGGAGUAAAGCAGUACAUGAUCCAAAAGGGCUUCACAGGGUUUAAUAUAGCCUCAGGAGGAAAUGAGUCCUGACACACACUCACUGACACACACACUCACUGACACACACUCACUGACACACACACACUCACUGACACACACACUCCCUGACACACACACUCACU